GGUCUUAUUGCAAUAAUCAAGAUUAAUGUCUCAAAAUACCGAAAGCGUCAUGAAUCUAUGAAACGGCUAGCAGAAAAGUAUCAGUUGGCCGAAAAUAUCCGAAGCGCCAAAUAUUUGAUAUGCAUUGCGAUCAACGACUUUGUCUGUAGGAUUAUUUAUGUUGCAUUGGUAAUGUAUCCAAUUGUUUUCAAAGGUAUCCCAAUGAAUUCUGACAAAUUCCUCUCACCUCAAAUCUUCGACAUAUUGUUCGCUUAUCAACGUAUUUUUGCUGGCUUUGCACUGGCAUUGCAAUGUGAGAAGUUCCGUCAAUUGAUCUUACAAAGGAAGAGAGCUAUGCAGAUAGUUGAUGGUCGAAAUGAUGCUGCUGAUAUUUACUUUGGUAAACUCAAAGCAAUGUGGACGUAG